GGAGAAGUAUUAGGGGCGGGGACUUCUCACUAACCCAGCAGCAGUGAACAGCCGGGGGAGCAGUGAACCAGUUAGUUACCAGUGACUCCCGGGCGUUGGUGACGGGUGGAUGGUGUAUCGCUCCGAACCCCCAUCACUUAUCUGUUUCUCUUCCCACAGUGUGCCAGCAUGAAGGGGCCAUGUGCGGUGGCAGUGGUGGUGGUGGUGGCAUUAAUUAACCUGUCUGAGGGAUUCCAACCACGACGUAUCAUGUUUGCCAGGUGCUCCUCAGAGGAGCAGGUGCCUCGGGCACUGUUCAUGACCUGCGCCAACAGACAUGGUGUGUGUGAGGUCAGGCUGGGUCAGUCACACAACCUACGGGCCAUCUUCAUUCCACAACUCAACUCAAGCGAUGUUGACUCCUACGUGAGGUGGAACGGGUGGAUGGAGAUUCCCCUGCCUGACCAACAGAGGGAUGCGUGUGAUGGGGAGCUGGCAUGUCCAGUGGUGGCAGGGCAGAUGACACAGUUCACUUACUCCCUUCAGAUUCAGAACUUUUGGCCAAGGAAGGAGUACCCAGUCAUCUGGUCACUGACAGACAGAAAGACAGACGAACCCCUUUUGUGCUUCAAAUUCAAGAUCAACAUCAUAUAGUAUGACCACCAUGAGAUCAGCUGAUUCACCUGUGCAGACUCACUUGUGAACUGUGGCCUUACCUUGGGUCAUCUUUGGGUCAUCCAGCCUGCGCCAUGCCUCGCCUUGCAGUUGCUCACUCACCACCACCAUAGAAGGCCUCACAGCUGCACCAUUUCAAGGGUUCAGAUUUCACAAACAGUCUCCUGGGUGAUAAACAGGGAAACUUCAACCUGUUCUUGUCUUGUCACGUGUUGGGGCAUAUUGACCUUCCAGCCCAAGCUCCUAAAACCUGUGGGGAUAGGCACCUAUUUUAACAUGGAAUGGAAUUAUUGAUAAGCCUGGUAAACUCCAAAAAUCUGUUUGAAUUAGGAAAAUUAAUUAAACAGGUAGAUGUUGAGGUUUCUUGAUGGUAAUAUUAUAACAAUAAAACCUGGUAUUUUUAUAUACAUAGCUCUAAGUAACUCAAAAUUUUAUCUAAACCUUAGAAAUUCAAUGGAAAAAUUAAAUCACAAAAUAUACUUGAAUAAAAAUAUGCAAAUGAA